AUCUUGAUCUUCACAAUGUUCAAUAGCAGGUCUUUUACCUACUGGAUAUCAAAUAUUAUAUAUCUUACAGACAUAUACUUGCAAUAGUUUUGUCACUCCACUAACGAAAUAGUCGGUGUUUGAGAUUUUUGUCUUUUAUUUUUUAUUAUUGCAUUUAUUUCAUUUAUUGUUAGACGAAUGAAUGGAAAUUACGGAUCUGAAAACAUUACUAAAAGAUACUUCUGAGAAAAGGAUCCACUUUCUAAGGUUUUGAAUGGCCGGAAAUGUUCAUUGUUUUCCGAUGUAAAAUAGACUGUAGAUUCAAAUGUGGAAAAUGAAACCAGUUAGUUUUAACAGGAUGCCCUUGAACUAGAAUCACACUGAUUUGGAGAUGAUGGGAAAACUCGGCAUUACUCUUCAUUUGCUAGUUAUUAUCUACAUUUUUGUACCUCAAUGUCCUAUUUGAACUACUAUAUUUGCUAAUUUUUGUGUAAUGGAAUACUUCAAUUGCGACCUGUAUGGAAACGAGCACUCGUGCCAGUCUAGCUGAUAUACAUUUUCAAGGAGUCUAAACAGGAUGUCUGGCAAGAAUGGUAAUGGCGAUGAAAAGAAAGAUCAUGCAGAGAAUGUUUGCAAAGAACCGGACAGUGGACGCACCUCCGAUGACCCCAAACCUGAGGACAGAAAAGGGAAAGGUAUCAUCUCCACAUCCUCAGGGAAGGAGGAAGGGCUGAAACAGAGGUUUGGAGGACUUCAAUUCAAGUUCCCGCCAAUCAGAACCAAGAUACGCAGUUACUUUGACUCUGCUGAUUGGGAAAAGGAUAAGGUAGGAGGAGCAGGAUUAAUUGACUUGCUUCCACCAAAAUUGCAGCCCUCACCACCAAGUCAGCCUCUUGGUGAAUCCCCUUUGAGUCAGAAAAGUGCUCAUGAAUCUCCCACAGAACGUGAAGGCGACGCUUCUCUCGAUGAUGCAACUCACCCCAAUCCCAGUCAGUAAAUCCGGGCAAAAGCCAUUCAUUUCAUUUCUACAAUGUCGACAACUGUUCUGAUAUCCAAAGGUGAAGGAGUGUUUUUUUCCAUGAGUAAGUACAGUUCGUGUUCGCUAUCAGAGGGAAUCGCUGCAGUUUUUCCUGUGGCUGAGAACUUGUGCUGCUCGGAUUGCCAGUGGGCCAGGUUUUUUUCUCCUAAAUUUU